GAAUGAAUCAAUCAGUAUAAAUAGAGAGAGAAGCCCUAGGGGUUAUUUGCUCUUGUUCUUGGUGUUCUGUUUUCUUGGCGAUUCGUUCCGCCACUUGUGACGGUGUCUAGGGUUUCCGAAUCGCAAUCCAAUGGCGGAAGAGAGAUUCAGCGGCGUCGUUCAGUGGUUCAACAAUGUCAAGGGUUUCGGCUUCAUCAAGCCCGAUGACGGCGGAGAAGAUCUCUUCGUCCACCAAUCCUCCAUCAGAUCCGACGGCUACCGAACCCUCCUCGAAGGCGAUCUCGUCGAGUUCUCCAUCGCCACCGGCGACAACGACAAGACCAAAGCCGUCGAUGUCACCGGCCCCAACGGCGCCGCUCUCCAGCCCACUCGCAAGGAUUCCGCCCCGCGCGGAUUCGGCGGAUGGAGGGGCGGCGAGAGGCGUAACGGUGGAGGAGGCGGCGGCGGCGGUGGUGGUUGCUACAACUGUGGCGACACUGGGCAUCUGGCUAGGGAUUGCCACCGGAGCAAUAACAACGGUGGAGGCGGAGGCGGCGCUGCGUGCUACAACUGCGGUGAUGCUGGCCAUCUGGCUAGGGAUUGCAACCGGAGCAACAACAACUCCGGCGGAGGCGGCGCUGGAUGCUACAACUGUGGCGACACUGGGCAUCUGGCCAGGGACUGCAACCGGAGCAACAACAGCGGCGGAGGUGGAGGCGGAGGCGGCGCGUGUUACACUUGCGGUGGGUUUGGGCAUCUGGCUAGGGACUGCAUGCGCGGAGGCAAUGGUGGCGGCGGUGGUCCAGGAAGCGCGUCUUGCUUCAGAUGCGGUGGGAUCGGGCACAUGGCGAGGGACUGCGCAACCGCGAAGGGUCCGAGCAGCGGUGGAGUCGGCGGCGGAGGUUGCUUUCGAUGCGGGGAGGUUGGUCACUUGGCUAGGGAUUGUGAUGGUGGCGUUGCUGUCAGUGGUGGUGGUGGGAAUGCUGGGAGAAACACAUGCUUCAAUUGUGGGAAGCCUGGGCAUUUUGCUAGGGAAUGCAUUGAAGCCUCUGGGUGAAAGUGCAGUGAAGAUUUGAAGAGGGAGGUUGCUUUUUGCUGAGGAUAAGAGGUGGAAUAGUACAUAGCAUAUUAUCUCUUUUUUGGCACCUUUUAACAGUUAGCUUAUUAGUCUCUCUUAUUAUUAUUAUUAUUCUGAUAUUUUGGGAAGUUUAUACAUGAGAUGUUAUGGCAAUUGCUGUGGUUUUGGUUUGACCCUGUUACUGGUUUACAUGAUGCCUUUUGUGGUUUUCGUUAUAGUUGUUACUUGACUGUUAGACCUUGCUUCCGAUUA